AUGUCUGCCGACACAUCAGAUCUCACAAAGGUCGAUUCUGCCAUCGGUGUCGAUGAUGCCGCGCACAAGGAGGCAGCCAAGGAGACCAAGCGAAGAACAACAUCCAGCGCUCCCGGUGUCAUGAACAUCAAUGAUCUUGAGAAGGAGGGAACAAAGAUCGCCGUUGCUGCUGAGACGCAAAAGACCGGAUGGAAAAUCAACACCUCGCCUUCCACGGUCGAAGAUCCCUCAAUCCUGAAGAAGCUGCUCACUACUCCCCCUGUCAAGAAGAUCGAUCUGCAUUUCCCCUUGGGUCUCGAGGUCACUGCAAGGAACCUGAAAGGUGUCACAAUAAAGGAUGCACUGGAUGCCAUUCAUAAGCAAUUCAAGAAGAAGGCUGAUGACGAGAUGGAAGAGCCAUACCUCAAAGGCUUCGAAUGGGACCCCGAAGAGUCAUGGACGAGACUCAAGGUCCACACUCAGAAAGAAGGGCUCCCAGUCGGCAAGAAAUCCAAGAAGAAGGGUGGCGAUGAGUAA